UCCGUUACCGCAGCAGGAGCAGCAGCAGCAGCAGCGGUGGUGUGAUCAUGUGACGCCUGCAUUUCCGACACAACAAUACAACACCGUAUUGGUCUGCAUUCACUCCCCCCCACGCCUGGCUCUCGGUAUGGCGGACGGCGAGAGGUCCCCGUUACUAUCAGAUCUGGGAGAUGGUGCUCUUGGCAGUGGUAACGGCGGGGUGUCUCCCGGCGCAGCGCCCUACGGUGUGCCCAACAAACCACAGAGCUUCCCUCCGUUCCCCAGCCCUACUCAGCCCUCGGUGCUCCUCGGGGAGGACCCUCCGCCCUACUCCCCUCUCACGUCCCCAGAGAGUGGCAGUGCACCUGUCAUCAGCUGCAGGGUGUGUCAGAGCCUGAUCUCUGUGGAGGGAAAGAUCCACCAGCAUGUGGUGAAGUGCGGGGUUUGCAAUGAAGCUACGCCCAUUAAGAAUGCCCCAGCAGGGAAGAAGUAUGUCCGCUGCCCCUGCAACUGUCUGCUCAUCUGCAAAGUUACUUCCCAGCGAAUCGCCUGUCCUCGGCCAUAUUGUAAGAGGAUAAUUAAUCUGGGUCCAGUUCAUCCUGGUCCAGCCAGUCCUGACCCCCAGCCAUCCGGGGCCCGAGUCUCCUGUGGACACUGCAGCAACACCUUCCUGUGGACAGAGUUCACAGACCGGACGCUGGCCAGGUGCCCACACUGCAGGAAAGUCUCCUCCAUUGGUCAGAGGUAUCCCCGGAGGCGGAGCUUGUGGUGUUUUCUACUCUGCUUGCUAUUCAGCAUCUCCACUGCCGGGCUGAUGGCUGGAACGUGGGCGAAGGCUCAGACCUACCAGGGGAUCUACGCCUCGUGGGCCACGCUGCUGCUCCUGGUUCCGCCGCCCCGGGGGGGGGGGAUUGAGCAUCCACCUUAA